AUGUUUUAUAACCUCCCGAGAACUCCAUAUAUAAAGACAAGAGUAUAACCUAGGGUUUUAUACAGUGGAUUUGAAAACGCAAAGAUAGUGAAGGUUCAAAAUACUUUUGAAUAUUACCAUUACUUAUAGAAGAAAAAAGAGUAUUCUGACUAGUAGAAUGAAUUGCUGGAAGGAUUGAAACUGGGGAAUGAGGACAUGAAGAAGUUAUCCUAUUCAGUAAAAUGUUUUGGAGUGAGUAACAAGGAAGGAAAAUUUGGUGUUCAGAGCCAGCGUAAAUUUAUGGGUGGGUCCUUCGAAUCUCAUCCCACCUAUGAGGUGAAUGUUUAAAGUGAAAGAAUAUCAUAUCCUUUCAAGUCAAAACGCCUAAUUACCAGCCGAAGGUAAUUAAGAGACAAAUAGAAACCCCUCUCCGAAAUCAUUAAAUUACCAGAGAGACCCGAAACAGUUAGAACAGAACUCGCCUCAAACGUCGAUAAAAUAGUUAAGAAAUCGCGCUUAAAGUUUAAACAAUAACAUUCUCAACCGUAGCCCGAGAUAGUAUUCGAGAAAGGAAAAGCUAAGUAUCAAUCUUAUAGUCGUCUCCUCUCAGAGGCCCAUAGUCAUGAAAGUUUUUAUAAAAUUCUCAGUCCUUGA